UAAGUAAAUUCAAAAGAGUAAAUCUUUUGGAGGUGGCAGCAGACGCAGAAGUCUUGCAUGAGUUCACCUUCAGAUGAAACUGUUAGCUAUCUGUCCAAAUCACAGUUUCUUCUCAUUGCCCGGGAUCUUGACAUCAUGAAUGGAUCAAUGUAUUCUGCGUCUAAAGUGUUGGAUAUAAAAUUGAAAAGGGGACCAGCUGGCCUAGGUUUCAACAUAGUUGGUGGUCUGGACCAGCAGUAUGUAAUGAAUGACAGUGGGAUAUAUGUAGCCAAAAUAAAAGAGGAUGGGGCAGCAGCACUGGACGGAAGACUGCAGGAAGGAGACAAAAUCUUGGCGAUUAAUGGACACAAGCUGGAGAAUCUGUCCCACAAUGCAGCAGUGGAGCUGUUCCGGUCUGCAGGGGAGGAUGUUCAGCUUCGUAUCCAGCAGAGACUGCCCAUGCCUAUGAAUGGCCCCUCCAGCUCCAAGCCGGAUGGUGAAUCUCCUGUGUCGUCCUUGGGGCUGCUAGCGGCUACCCUGGGGGUAGCCGCCAUCUUGGCCUUGCUGUACAUGCGUUUCCAGCCCCUGCUUAAAAGACACUAACUAACAUUAUCUUUCAAAGAGCAAUCUCUGGGACAUAACAUUUUGCUGAAGG